GUAUUGUAUCGCAAACAAUUUUUGCGGCAGUAUCUUGUAUCUGUAUCUCCAAUACUUCUUGCCUGAGUAUCUUGUAUCGUAUCGCGAUACAAUUUCAAGCCCUGCUCUGGUCUCCGUCGAAACGCGCAGCGGACGGCACUCUUUCCGUUUCCGUUCAUCGUAGUGUCAACAAACCGUCGGUCCGUAGUACGAGCCAGCCAGCGUCGUCGUUGUGUCAUUACCACAAGACGAAGAAACUCUGGCGUUAACGCUAUGCGUGCGACAGCUAACAUAUGAUGCGUGGCGCUCGCCGCUACGAUUAUGGCCUACAUUUCGGCGCAGGCCUCGCUGAUACCUAGCGCGCACGGAACGAGGUGCGCUGAUCGAAGAAAUGACAGCGCGCUCGAUAGGUCGACGCAACGUCAUAGCUCCGCUUGGCGAAUGUCAUUGCAAAACGGCACUCUAGUCAAGUCACCGAAUGAAGCCGCAAGCCCGCCUCGUUAAAGUAUUGCAGUUCUUCGGAGUGAUACGGACAUGGACUUUCUGAAAGACCGUUUCAGCGCGGAGACUCUCUGAUGGCCGGACAGAGGACGGUGUGCUUCGUGAGGUGCCUGUUCGUCGUUUCUGUGCUCGUCGCCGUGUGCUUAUUGAAAUAUGAAUAUAAUAACCUUUGGACGAAUGCGCCGGUGGACUUUCCGAAAGCCAAGAAAUCUCAGAGCGUGGCUCAAUCCCGGCCGCAACCGAGUGCGACUACUGUCACCGGGGAAGCACCUACGGAGCGAGUUAAGUUGGUGGUGGUCACAUGCAAGGGACUGCUGAACAUGACUCUGACCAACAUCAAGUCGGCAGUGGCCUUCACAACGGUGCCCGUGGAUCUCCUGCUUUUCGCCGACGACGAGAACAGGGAACGCCUGCGACAAGCGAUCUCAUCGUGGCCUGAAAGCGUGCUGAAGCGAGUGGGUUACAAGGUGUCCCCGGUGAAAUUUCCAGAACCGGAACCCGAAAAGUGGCAGUCCCUCUUCAAGCCUUGUGCCACUCAACGGCUGUUUCUUCCCAGUAUGCUGCCAGAUGUGGACGCGGUCAUCUACGUGGAUGCCGACGUCCUGUUCCUGAGCCCCAUCGAAGAACUGUGGAAACACUUCACGGCCAUGAACAGCUCGCAUCUGGCAGCAUUAGCCCCCGAGAGUGAGGACUAUGCCACCAACUGGUACCGCCGUUUUGCCAGGCACCCUUUCUACCAACCACUUGGUGUCAACUCGGGCGUGAUGCUCAUGAAUCUGACUCGCAUGCGGGAGUUUGGCUGGGAGAAGCGGCUGGGGCCGCUGCUGCAGAAGUACGGCCGUGACAUCUCCUGGGGCGACCAGGAUCUCCUCAACAUCUUGUUCAGCGCCCACCCCGAACGGCUGCUACUGUUCUCGUGCCGGUGGAACUAUCGGACCGACCACUGCAUGUAUGGAGCGUACUGCACUGCUGGACCGCCGGCUGUCAUACACGGGUCACGCAGGGCUUUCAUCUCAGACUCGGAGCCAGCCUUUCGGGGACUUCACCAGGCUAUGGAGCAGUACGAGCUUGGGGAGAGCCUCGAGUACAGCUUUGUCGUCCCUUUCAAGGAUGGACUCAGAAGGAGCCGUAAGACUCGCUGCGGGCAGGAGUUCCUCAAGCAGGUGGUGCACUGGGAGGUGGUGGCACACAGCGUCGACAGUGCUGCCACCAAAAUCAGACAAAGCAGAGAGUCCUGAGAACAACCAAUGGCUGCAGUAGUGUAACAAUUCUGUUCCAGUGGUAUAUUGUGAGCUUGACGCAUGGCCGGCUCAUCAUCAUCACUAGAGGUCACCAUCAUUUGUACAUCUUCAUCUGCAUACAUCAUCAUCAUCAUCAUCAUCAGAGGGACGGCUUCAUCUCCAUCAACGUAGCUCAAGCUCAGCUGGGAUGAAGCGGCUCCUCAUAAGCACAACGCAGUAUUCCUUUUAGCACUUCAUCAGUUGCCAUGCCUACGCAAUUGCAACCUUCAGGUUCGGUUCCUGCCGGCGGCAAGUUGUCUUUUCGUCCGCUUUACUUUCUUCACAUCUACUGUAUAUCACGAUUACUACGAUACACUUUAUACAGCACGAUUAGUGUCCCCUAUACGUUCCUUGGCCUCAUUAUCUGCUGGUUUUCAUUAAUGUUGUGCCAAACAAAAGAAACAAGCCCUUAAAAUUAUCUUCCUUCAUUAGGGAUAUACAGUGUGUGUGUUUUUUUAGGCAAUACAAAUUUUUUAUAAAAACUGUGACAGUCGGGCACCUGUCAUCUUUGCACAAGAACUCUGCAUCGAGCUGGAAAAAUUUUGGCGUACGUACAUUUACAUCGAAACGACUAAUUAGAAAAAGCUAUAGUUAAUUAGUGACUGCAAUAAACUUGAGGAGCUUAUGGGAAAGUUGUAGGCCUGCAGUAGUAUUUAUGGCGUAUCUAUAUUUUAGGAAUCGGGAAGAAAGGAAGUAAUUUGAAGCACCCAUCAUCGAACUUGAAUGGUGAUGUAUAAAUUGAGUGCACCACGCAUGCAGGAGUAGCAGCUACUCUGUUAUGUCAGACUGGAACUACCCGUGACGGGAAAGCGACGAAAUUUGAACCAAGGCGCGUUGAAACAUAAUAUGGUCAAGAAAAAUGGCAAGCCGUGGGAAGUACACAAGUGGACCGCUCAUUCUUUGUGCGAUGUACGCCGCGGCGGUGUAGCGGUUAUGGCGCUCGGCUGCUGACCCGAAGGUCACGGGUUGAAUCCCAGCCACGGCGGUCGCAUUUCGAUGGAGGCAAAAUGCUAGAGGUCUGUACACUGUCUGAUGUCCAGUGCACGUUAAAGAACACCAGAUGGUGAAAAUUUCCAGAGCCCUCCACUAUGGCGUGCCGUGUAAUAAUAUCGUGUUUUUGGCACAUAAAGCCCCAGAUGUUAUUAUUUUUUGUGCGAUGUGUGGUGCUUGCGUGUUCUUUAAGCUACAAAUAGGCACAAAGCAUUCUUUUGCCUAUCUGCAUGAAGAAGUGCUGCAGUGGCUGCUCAUGAGCUUUAUGCCGUACAGUGAAAGAAAAGGUGGAAAUUGAUUUUCUAGCUCACUGCAGGAAAGAAAGAGAUAAGCACCAAAUUUGACGUGCAGGGAUACUGGUUCGUUUUUUCACAACAACGUACAGUCGCGCCAGGCGUUCAUUCAAUGCCUGUCACUUCUUCGUCAUGGGAAGUCCCGGUCUGAUGAAACAGAGUGGCCAUGUUUCAUCUGUUUCGGCAUCGCCAUUGAAAUUCUAUGAAUAUUCGAAAUUGUGGGUAGUGUUCGUGAUGUCUAUGAAAUUGGUAUGCCGUAGAUUGUUACGGUCUAAAACAUUCCCAUUAAGCUACUGCCUUCAAGUUUAUAACAAGUUCUUGCUUAUUAGUCAUUUCAAUGUAACCUUAAUUGGGACAAUGUAUUUCUGCCUCAAGGUAGAGUUUGUGUGCAAAACUGCGGGUGCCCAAUAUUUUUAUAAAAUAUUUGUGUGGCCCCCGCAAUAAAACACCCCAUAUUUCUCAUAUAUGUUGAGGCAGCAGGCUCCUAAGAUUGAGAACAUAAACCUAACCUCAGCGUGAUGCGACUCAUGGGCAUUUGUGAAAUAUGAGGGAAAGCCAAGUUUAUCUCCGGUGAAAAGCCAACAAAUUAUGACAUUAGCACUGCGUGCAUUCACAUUUCUGAAAGUAGUUCUUAUUUUCCUUGUGUCGGAUAUUUUCUGUUUUAUAUUACGAUUACUAUGGUAACCUGUGAACCUGAAAGGUUUUAUUUAUAGGUAUAUCAGGGGUGGCACAAGAAGUUAACAAUUGGAGGGGAGAGUCAAAACAUCACUGUCUAUUUUUGUUGAUUGCAUAGAAGGUCUUUGCAAGUGCUCUUUAUGCAGUAUUAUCAAUGCUGCGAUGUUGUGUUGCUGAAGUUCAGCUGUUUCUCAUGAGUAAUGCCUCUCUUUGCAUUUGUUUGCUUUGCUCAAGUUUGUCUGUUGCGUUUAUUUUUUACCCAUCAGAAACAACAUUCACCGUACAGCAGAACAGUCUGCCUUACUGGGAUGCUGUCGUGCUGUUUCUUUUCUAAUCUCGUAUUUAACCCUUCCGUGGAGCUGGGCUCGACCACGUCUUUCCUGUAAAAACAGCGAAGCGUGAGUUCAGCUUGUCGCUGAUACUUUUCCUUUUCUCAUACUGCCAUUGACAAGUUAGCUUGCCUCGGUAUUUGUUGUGCUUGUGGCAGAUGGCAGCGGGCACUGCAUUGGGCUGCGAGCGUGAAAGUGGGUUACCUUGCUGUGGAAGAAUUCAAGCAUGUUGGAGAGAAGGUUGCAAUGAUAGUGUUGUAACUAUUGCGUGUUUGCUUGUGUUAUUGUGUGUUCUGUUGUUUCGUGUCUAGAGAUGAACACUGUCCGUGGCAGAUCGUACUUGAAGUUCUGAAACAUGUCCCCAUUCAUCGCAGGGGUGCAUAAUUUUGAUGAAGAAUUCAUUCAUUUUUGGUCAGUAUUCAGGACAAUGGUGCAGUAUGGAAGGGGCUGAUGCACUUUUGCACAUACGUGGCUGGCAUUUCUGCUCAUUUUAAAGGGACACUAAAGGUAACUGUAAAGCCAAGGCCAAUUGAUCAGUCAGCAUUACCUCUCAGCAGUCGAGGUACUAAUUUUACAUUGCGGAAGAAAUGUGUCUCUUUGACUUUGCAACUAGCGACAAGGUCGUGGGUUUGUUUCCCAGCGCUGAAACGCAGCUGCAUUCCAAUGAGCAUAGAAGUGAAAACACUCAUGCAGUUUUAAAGAUAAACAUAUUCGACAGCGAUCUGUCUGGCUGGGUGAAAUUAUCAGUGGCUUUAGCUUUUUACUUAAAAAAAAAACUGACCCUACGUUUCGAGACCCGUUUGGUCUCUUCUUCAGGGGAUGACUGCCCGGCCGGGCCGGCUCUGAAGCUAGCGCUUUUUAGUGUCUCCCUCUCCACCGUCAUUCUCCCCGCCGCUCUUGUUAGUGGGUUGUCUUCUCCAUUGGUUCCAGAGACCAUGUACAUACACGCUCGGCAGCAGGGUGUCGGAACGAAAUGUUUUUCGUUUCGGUUUUAGUUUCGUUCCACCGCAAAAAGUUCCGUUCCGUUUCUGUUCCGGAAUGAAAUUAAAAUAUUCCGUAACAGUUCGUAACGGCUUUUUUUAUGCAAAACUUUGAAGUUGCGGUAAUCAUAAAAAAAAACAUUGGACUUGUGAUAGUUACUUGCCCUCCUCUUAAGAAAGUGGGACAGGGGUAAAACACGUUCUUUAGGGGAGCGAAAGUAACUGUACCAUGAAUUCCUACC